AUGGCUCCAUCAGAAACCUCAUCUGAUACUUCUACUUCUACCUUACCUAAUAAUUCGAUUACUGUUGAGCCCUCAAACCCACUGUACCUCUAUCCUACUGACAACCCUGGUACUGUCAUUGUUGCCGAUCGAUUCAACGGUAUGGGAUAUGGAAGUUGGAGAAGGGGAAUGCUGAUCGGUUUGUCGUGUAAGAAUAAGCUCGGCAUAAUCAAUGGGACUAUUUCCAAACCUAAUGCUACAUCUCCAUUCUAUGAGCCUUGGUGUCGAUGUAACGACAUGGUAAUUGCUUGGAUACUGAACAGUUUGGAAGCUGAAAUUAGGGAAAGUGUUAUGUAUACAGAGUCAGCUGCAAAGCUAUGGAAGGACAUUGAGAAACGAUAUGGACAGCCCAAUGGCAGCAAAGUGUAUCAGAUCCGUAAGGCUCUAUCAUCUAUUUCUCAAGGAGCUUCGAACAUUGCUUCCUAUUUUUCCAGAAUUAAGAAGUUGUGUGAUGAGCUAGCAUAUUCCAUAACAUAUCCUGAUUGUGUGUGUGGAUGUAAAGAGGCUUUCCAAAAAUUGGAAGAAGAUCAGAAGCUUCACCAGUUCCUUAUGGGUUUGAACGACAAUUAUUCCACCAUCAGGAGGAACAUUCUGGCCAUGAAACCUCUUCUAGACAUAGACACUGCGUAUGCUAUGCUGGUUAAUGAUGAAAGUCAAUGUGAGGCACAAGCUUUAGUCCCAUCUUUCUCUUCCGAGUCUGCUUCUUUCUCCACUGGUGUUCAGAAACCAUAUACUGGUUCUUCCCCUGUUGGCAUGCAGAAAACCUAUUCACAAAAGGUUAAUUUCGAUUCUAAAAGGGCAAGUGUCAUAUGCAAGUACUGCAAAAAGCCUGGCCACACCAUAGAAAAAUGUUACAAACUUCAUGGGUAUCCCAACACUUUUCAGAACUCCGUCCAGUCCAAUAGGUUUAAGAAGCCCGCUGGUUAUGCUCAUGUUUCAGAGGCUCAGAGUCUGGGGCCAACAGAUGGGUGUACUUCUGAUAAUAGGAUUGAACAUUAUGAUUCUCAGAACCAUGGUUUCACAAAGGAACAGUAUGAACACUUGCUGAACAUGUUUCAUCAGUCCAAGGUCUCUCAUGAUGCUACUGCCUCUGGAUCUGCCAACUUUGCAGGUUUGGGCCUUUCUCUGAAGAGGCCACUGGUUCUUGGUAAAAUUUCAAAUGGACUUUAUCUGCUACAAUCCACUCCUACCUCAAUUUCUGCUACUUCAAUUGGUAAAGCUGUCAGUGCUAAGACUGCUGACUCUAUUGCUUCUUCAUCUUGUUUUGCUCCUGUCAACAUUGUAAAUACCAUUGAUGCUAAUACAACUGCUUCUACUUCUGUGCUUUCUACAAAUGAUUAUGUACCUGACAACACUGUAGAUACCAUUGAUGCUAAUAAAACUGUUUCUACUUCUGUGCCUUCUACAAAUGAUUCUGUUCCUGUUUUUAGUUUUGAUAUGUUUUGGCAUCUUCGACUUGGUCACAUGACUUUCCAUAAGAUGAAGUCUGUUACUCAUAUUAAGGAUAAACUAUCUAAGAAACAGUCUUUUGUUUGUGAAGUUUGUCCAAUGGCUAGGCAGCAAAGACUUCCCUUCCCUGAAAGUUCCAUUAAGACUACCAAGCCUUUUCAACUUAUUCAUGUGGAUUUAUUGGGUCCUUACCACACACAAACAUACAAUGGUUUUAGGUAUUUUUUGACCAUUGUAGAUGUCUUUACUAGGGCUACUUGGACUCAUCUGUUGUCUACCAAGUCUAAUGCUUUUACUUUGUUAAAAUCCUUCAUAUUUCUAGUCCAAAAUCAGUUCCAUUCUUCUGUCAAGACUCUCAGGUCUGAUAAUGCUUUUGAGUUAGGAUCCAGUGCUGAAGCCACCUCAUUCUUCUGUAAUCAGGGAAUCAUUCACCAAACUUCAUGUCCACAUACUCCUCAACAGAAUGGAGUUAUGAAAAGAAAACACAAACAUUUGUUAGAAACAGCUAGAUCCUUACUUUUUCAGUCUAAACUUCCACUAAAAUAUUGGGGGGAAUGUGUACUUACUGCCACUUAUUUGAUCAAUAGGUUUCCUUCACCUCUUUUAAAUCAUAAAACACCCUUUGAGCUACUUUUUGGUAUUCCUCCUAUAUACUCACACCUUAGAGUUUUUGGUUGUCUAUGCUUUGCUGCUGUGCCUAAGCCACAUAGGGAUAAAUUUCAUUCAAGGACUAUUUCUUGUGUGUUUCUUGGAUAUAACAUGACUAAAAAGGCCUUUAAGUUGUUGAAUCUGACCAAACACAAUGUUUUCUUUUCUAGAGAUGUUCAAUUUCAUGAGUCUAUUUUUCCCUAUUCUUCUCCCUCUCCUACUUGCAUUUUCCCUUCUACUACGCAUAUAUAUGCUGAUUUCUCUGUUUCCUCUCCUCAAGCUCCCUCUCCUCAAGCUACCUCUGCUCCAGUUUCUGCUUCUACCUCUUCUUCCUUUGUUCUUGUUGUUUCUGUACCUUUGAGGAGGUCAUCUAGACCUACCAAUCCCCCAUUUUUUCUCAAAGAUUAUGUUUGUACCAAUGUUUCAAUUUCUAAGGAUACUACCUUUGUUCCUGAAGGUUGCUUGCCUGAACCACAAUUCAAUCAUCAGGCAGUUUCUAACCCUGCCUGA